GUGUCCUGCCUCGCCAUGAAGUUGAGCGGCCGCGGCCGGGGAUGCUGCGCGGGCGGCAGCCGGGAGCGCGGGCCGCCGCCGCGGAGCCCCUUCGUGCACCAGCUGCGCUUCAGCCCCCUGCAGAAAGCCAAGAUUGCCUUCAUGACCUUGACUCUGUUUCCUAUCCGACUCUUUUUUGCUGCUUUUAUGAUGUUGCUGGCCUGGCCUUUUGCCUUCAUUGCUUCAAUGGGAUCUGACGAGCAAGAGCUUGAAAAGCCCCUCUCCUGGUGGCGAAAGAUAGUGGAUAUUCUGCUGAAAGCAAUAAUGAGAAUGAUGUGGCUUGCUGGUGGAUUCCAUUGGAUAAAUGUCAAAGGCAGACGGGCAUUGCCAGCAGAAGCAGCAAUAUUAACGGUGGCUCCCCAUUCUUCUUACUUUGAUGCCAUUCCAGUAACUAUGACCUUCGCCUCCAUUGUGAUGAAAGCAGAAAGCAAAGAUAUUCCUGUUUGGGGAACUCUGAUCAAAUAUAUCCGACCAGUAUUUGUAUCUCGGUCAGACCAGGAUUCUCGCAGGAAAACUGUUGAAGAGAUCAAGAGACGUGCCCAGUCUAAUGGUAAAUGGCCACAGAUAAUGAUAUUCCCAGAGGGCACUUGCACAAACCGAUCCUGCCUAAUUACAUUCAAGCCUGGAGCAUUUAUUCCUGGGGUUCCUGUACAGCCGGUGGUUUUACGUUAUCCAAACAAACUGGACACAAUCACGUGGACAUGGCAAGGGCCAGGAGCGUUUGAAAUUCUGUGGCUUACUUUAUGUCAGUUUCACAAUUCCGUGGAAAUUGAGUUUCUACCCGUGUAUACUCCUUCAGAAGAAGAGAGAAAAAAUCCAGUGUUAUACGCCAGUAACGUCAGACGUGUAAUGGCAGAGGCAUUGGGAGUUUCAGUGACAGACUACACAUUUGAAGACUGUCAGCUGGCUUUGGCUGAAGGACAGCUCCGUCUACCUUCAGAUACAUGUCUUUUAGAAUUUGCAAAGCUUGUGAGAAGUCUUGGGCUGAAGCCGGAAACACUUGAAGAUGAUCUUAAUAAAUAUGCUGCAAGUGCCAUGAAAAUGAAGAAAGAAAAGGUUGAUCUCAAAGAAUUUUCAGCCUACUUGGAAUUUCCAGUUUCUCAGACAUUAGAAAGCAUGUUUGCCCUUUUUGAUGAGGAGGAAGAUGGUGUAAUUGACAUUCGGGAAUUUGUCACUGCUCUGUCAGUUGUCUGUAAGCCAUCCAAAACUCUGGAAACGAUUCAGUUGGCGUUUCAGCUGUACCAGUCAGAAGGAGGAACUGUAACAGAAGAGGAUUUAGCUUGUAUUCUGAAGACUGCCAUGGGUGUGUCGCAAAUUGAUGUUACACAUCUUUUUAGAGCUGUAGAUGAAAAAGAAAAAGGAAGGAUUACAUAUGAUGACUUCUACACGUUUGCUGUGUUGCACCCACACUUUGCAGAAGAAUAUCUCUAUGCUGAUCAAAUGGGAGCUGAGAGCGGCUUGGAGACUUCAUCUCUUUCUGCUCCUAAUGGUAUCUGUACUGACUUCAGCCCUGCCGGCAGUGGAGAUCAAAGGAAGCCCUUGCAGAAGAAACUGAAUUAACACUACAACUGUUACCUUCCUCUCCUGGUGAGAGGGUUGUAUUUUCUUGGGAUUUUCAUAAGUCACUCCAAUUAUACAACAAAUACCAGUUUUGUGUGUGAAAGUUCUACCUGAAUACCAUCCUUUGAAUUAUAUGUGCUAUAUUUAACAACAUGUUCCAGGUUACUUUGGGAAAGGUGGUUUUUUGUUUCGUUUUUUUUUUUUUUUUUUGUUUUGUUUUGUUUUUUGGAAAGGUCUUUGAAAGGCAAAAAUGUGAAUGUGCUUCAUUAUUAAUGUUCAUAUUUAAAAGGAAGCAGCACAACUUAUUUAUAUUCCAUUGGCUAGUUCCAUGUACAAAGUGUCGCACAAACUGUGCAUGUAUAAAGAAACUGUAGCUACUAUGGUGUAAAGUGCACUUUGGUGAUUAGUGUUUUCCCUAGUUAUGGGGAUGUUUAUUUGGGGCCAAACUUUGCUGUCCAUAUCUGAAUAGUCAGUCUUGUUGAUUUCAGUGGGACUAUUCUCUUGAGCAAGGCAAGCAUACUUUGGCCCUUUGUUUUGGUUUCAGUGAACAGUUUGGAAACAGUAAUACAAAACCUUGCUAAGGAUUACUUUUUAUUUUUAUUGCUGAAUGACAAAAUUGUUUCUCUUUCCAUGGUAGAAUGAAAAGGAAAGGCUCCUUAUCCCUCAUCCCAACACUUUUCUACUGUAAUUUUCUGGAUGCAAUUAAACAUGAAUUCUUUCCAAACUGACAUGCCACAUACUGUUUGAAAAUACAUAAAUGAACUGUUUGUGCUUUUCUCUUAUAACCAA